AUGCUUGAAACAGAAGUACCCGCGGCUACGCUAACCCUGAUGCCGGACCGUCGAGAUAUACACGCAUCGACGAUGCAAGUACCAACACUGGAGCUACCAACUGAGGCAAGGAACCAAGAAGAUUUAUUUAAAAGAAGUUGUGUAUAUGCAAAGAAGAAUAGAAAUAAUUUCAAUAUGAAGAGACUUCAGCAAAAACUGAGUGACCGUAGUCGCGACAGACUUAGUGAAACUCGGUGUAUUGUUGAGACAGAAACACAGGAUAUUGACCAUACUCACCAGAACUUGUCAACAUUACCCGACUUGUUUCUUCAUCCACCACUUCGCCUAUCACCACUCAUCCACCUGACCCAUCUGAACCUUUCUCAUAACCAGCUUUCUUCCAUUCCGCCUCAGAUUGGAUAUCUACACAGCUUACGUUCGUUAGAUCUAUCAAAUAACCAGAUAACUGAACUUCCUUGUCAACUUGCAACAAAGUUAUCAGCAAUAGAGACGAUAGAUGUAUGCAAUAAUCCAUUGGCAACAAGUCAAAUUGAUCUGGUGUAUGUUUCAUCCGGGGUACCGUCGUUGAGUGAUCUCGUAUUCCGGUAUUUGGUAAAUAAAGAUUAUCGAUUUAUAAACAGCAAGAAUGGGGAGUUACCGAAUGUAGUAGGCAGUCUUCCGAGUGUGUUGAAAGAGAGAUUGAUCAAUGAAUGGCAUCCAAUGUGCGCAGUGUGUGAUAAUAUUCAUUUGGAGCCAGUCGCUACGAUGAGGCUGUUAAAGGAGAGGUUUGGGAUUGAUGUUGGGAGAGGAGAGAGUGGGGAAUUCGCGGAGGGGGAAGUCGGGGAGUGGGAAUUAAGAAGAGAG